AUGGUCGGUCGUUCUGCCUGGGUGUGUUCCGAGCAGACGCUUGUUUUGUUCUUCUGUCUCGUCUGUUCUACCAUCCGCCCAAGUGCCGCAUGGCACAAGCGACAGCGAUAUGACCGAUCGUCCUCGAUCCUAGUGACCACACACACACACAGGAUCUUGCCGCACGUGCGAGGCAAAGGUGACCAAUUACGGAUGGAGAAGGAGGCGCGUCGGGUACGAGUGGUCCCCGCUGUCCUCAAGGUCGGAGGAUGCGGCGGUCGUACGUGCUUUGACUGUGGAUGUUCUACGUCCACUGAUGUAAAGACGAGCCCGAGCGAAGAAGAAGAUGAGGAUGUUGCUGGGACAUGGAAGGAGACGGUGCAUCGGAGGAGACGAAAGACGAGGCAGGACGUCGUGCACGAGCAAAAGACAUGCGGCGUGGAGAACGUAGACGUUUUGUUGCAGCGACAAUGA